CGUACUCUUUGCGAUGUUAUUUAAGAAUAGAUUUAAACUGCAGUAAAACGGACAUUAUGCAUGAUGGAACACUUCCCUAGCAACCGGGAUGUUUUCCUUAGAUACAUUAGAGCUUCACGAGACCAACUGAGGUGAUCGUUUGUUUCAUCGCCAACAAUCUAAAGACUGCCCCACACAUGCAUUCACCUGAUGAAGAACAUCUGGAGUGUCCUGGAGAGCUUCUGUGGAGCCUCAUCACUAAAGAUGUCCCUGAAGCAGAUUUAAAACUGAUCGAGACAGUACUGAAUCCCUCUAUGUUAACGGCAUACAAAGAGGCAAAGAAGAAUUACGAACUUUGGCAGGAGAGUCGGGGUCAUGGAAACCAUCAAAACAAUACACAGACUGACUUCACCCGACGGCAAGGUCUUCCUUUUUCUGACCCACCUGCUCUGAAAGAGUUGUUGCGAGGUGAGGUCAAGAUGCUGCUGAAGACCCUAAAAGAAAGAGCAUGCAACGGUGAAAGAGACGCUGAGGAUCUCUUGCUGCAACACAAACCUGAGACUCUUCACUAUGUGCUUCAGCACCAGGAGAUCACUUGCAGCAGACCCCCAAACCUAAAAGAUGCAGAUAACAUCAGCAGAAGCCCUUGUUGUUCAGUCAUGUCCGGUGCUGAAGGUGAGAUUGAAGAAGUUAAAGACAAGUUGAACUCCACUGAGAUUUACCAAGUGAUUACUAAACUCAGCUGUAUACUAAUGGAGGAAUGUGAAGAACUGAAUAAGAGGGCAGAGUAUCUAAAGGAAAGCAUGACAUUAAAGUAUGAGAGCAAAACAACAAAGCCUGAACCUUCACUUAUAGAGCUGAAAAACCUUAGAGCAUCACUUCAAAGAGACUUGGAGCUCCUACCUUCACCGUUAGGAGCCUCAUCUUCUGCUCAUGUUUGUAGGCCAAAGAAAAGCCCCAGACUUCCACCUUUAACCCAUUCAGAUUCUCAGUUAGUUCCUAAAUCAGACUUGCCUUCACUGCAGAACGUCAAACCCAGGCCACCGUGUCAUGAUCCUCCUGCCAGGACCUCAUCAGGGAGGACUCUUGGUGUACAUCGUUUCACAAUAGUUAAACCUUCCAGCACCAACAGGAUGGGCACUGAGCCAGACGUUACUGCCCUUUGCUUCAGGACUUCUUCAAGAUUUCCCCUAAACUCUGAGAUGAACCCAACCUACCCUGAGAAUCAUCCAUCCACACAAUGCUGUGUUGUCAGAUCAAGCACAGAUUUUGAUUGCUCAUCGCAAAGGGAGAGAAAAAACAGCCUUAUUUCUAGCUCAAGAAAUACCAGUAACAAUCCCUCACCUUCACCUCCUUUUGGUGAGCUCUGUGGAGAAGGCAGCAGCAGUCCUGGUGGCCAUUCUGAGUCUGUGGUUUGGAACAAACAAGCAGAAGACGGCAAAAACAAAAGCAGAAGUACAAGAAGCUCAGAGGUAAUAGUACUGCAGAAAAAUACACCAGAAAAGAUAAGUGGGAUCUCCCUCAUAUCUGGAACUUUGGAUCAAGGAGGCUUCAGGCAAAACAAUAGUAGGUUGGCAAACAAUAAAAAUGAUUACCUUGGAAUUAAUAACAUUAAUCAAAAAGGGAAAGAAAGCUUCAACUUGAUAGAGGACUCCUCACAUUAUCCAAAAAGCAGGAAUACAGGUAAUCAACUGCAGACUGCAGACACAAACUAAAAAAAACAACGUCUGCUCACCUGAAGAAAUAUGGACCAGAAAGCUGCAGGAAACAAAUGUGAAUAUAUUUUAAAAUAAUACACAAAUAAAAAUAUAUUGUUAUAUAAGUUCUGCCGUGUCCAGGACCGCUAUGUUGUUCUACAUAUAAAGUCUUUGAGAUUAAAUUAAGAUUAUAAAGUGUGUAACUAUGGGAAGAAACUGUCUCAACUGAAAUAAAAACUACUGACGAGAGAUUUAAAGAUAAUUCGGUAUCUUUUAACAAAUCAGGUUGUAUAAAAUCUUGUUUUUGUGUUUGUCUGAUAAAAUAAGUAUUUAUAAUUAACAUUUAUGUUAAUAUGUAUAUUUAGGCUGUAAAGAAAUGGUUAGGAGACCUUAUUAAAUACUUUUUUGAUCAUUAAAUCAAUGGAUUUCUG